AUGGAGAUGGGAAACAACUCUGCUGUGAAAGAGGUCUUUCUGGUGGGGCUUUCCCAAUACUCAGAGCUCCAGAUUUUUCUGUUUAUACUCUGCCUCAUCACAUACAUAAUAAUCCUCCUGGGAAACAGCCUCCUCAUUAUCAUCAGCAUCCUGGAUUCUCACCUCCACACCCCCAUGUACUUCUUCCUUGGAAAUCUCUCAUUUUUGGACACCUGCUACACAUCAUCACCCAUUCCUACAAUGUUUGUUAUGUUUUUGUCAAAGGGAAAAUCCAUCUUCUUCAUGGGCUGUGCUCUGCAAAUGGUUAUCUCCCUUGGUUUGGGCUACACUGAGGGUGUCCUCCUGUCUGUGAUGGCCUACAAUUGGUAUGUGGCCAUCUGCAAACCACUGAGGUACGCCAUCAUCAUGAACAGAGAGCUAUAUGUGCAAAUAGCUGCAUGGUCCUAGAUUAUAGGCUGUCUGACCUCCUUAGUGCAAACAGUCCUGACAAUGGUGUUGCCUUUCUGUGGUAAUAAUCUCAUUGAUCAUAUAAGCUGUGAGAUUCUGGCUCUUCUUAAACUUAUAUGUUCAGAUCUCUCCAUGAAUGUGCUUAUCAUGGCAGUGGCAAGUAUUGUUUUAUUGGUGAUUCCUCUACUGUUAAUUUUUGUCUCCUAUAUGUUCAUUCUCUCUUCUCUCCUGAGAAUUGAUUCUGCUGAGGGAAGAGGAAAAGCCUUUUCUACCUGUUCAGCUCACCUGACUGUGGUCAUCUUAUUCUAUGGUUCAGCUCUUUUUAUGCACAUGAAACCCAAAUCAAAGUACACAAAAGUAUCCAAUGAAAUCAUCUCACUGUCCUGUGGAGUGGUAACACCAAUGUUGAACCCCAUCAUCUACAGCCUGAGGAAUAAGGAAGUCAAAGAAGCUGUGAGAAAAGUACUAAGCAGACACUUACCUCUGUGGAAAACAUUAAAGACCUUGAGACAUGUGAUCAGAUCAGGUGUUUUGUAUUCACAGAUAAACUCAUGGAACCCAGCGUCAAGAGAGUAUGUCUACUUGUUAAGCCAAAUAUUGGAUUCCCAUUCUUUCAACACAGAAUGCCCAUGUAAACCUUCUACAUGGUGUCUUGUCUGCAGAGAUUCCAGCUGUAUGCAGUUCGAUUAA